UCCAAAAUAAUAUUUGGAAAAUUUAUCGUUUAAACAUAUUUUAGACUUUGUAACGAAUGAUCAAAACAUAACUCGACGAUCCAAACCCGAUCUCAGAGACCAGUUUCACUGUGUACUCCGGCGAGCGUAUUGCCGCUAACCACCAUCAUUCUGGCGGAUCCACCGCCCAACCAUCAACACUUCAGUUCAAUUGAACCACCAUAAUUCACAACAUCCCCGUGUAGAUCUAACCGGAUAAAUCUGGGGGAUGGCUUUUGCGGAAGCCGAAUCCCGCCUCAUCAACAGCAUCCUAGUCCCGGCCCUAGAUAAAAUCAUCAAGAACAGCUCUUGGCGCAAACACUCAAAACUCGCUAAUGAAUCCAAAUCAGCACUCGAACACAUCACUUCCGCCGAGAAAGCCCAUCGUCUUUCCCAUACAUCCGAAGACAACCAAUCUGAUGUUGACCGGUCAUCACAAUCGUCAGUUCCCGGGGUCCUACAUGAUUCGGGCACCAACGAACUAACCCUAGUCGAAUCAAUACUCAUCUUAAGCCCUAUCAUCAAUGCUUGCUCUUCCGGCAAUGUCAAGAUUGCUGAGCCAGCGCUAGAUUGUAUACAGAAGUUGAUCGCCCAUGGAUAUUUACGCGGAGAAGCGGACCCUACUGGUGGACCCGAUGCAAAGUUGUUAGCAAAAUUGAUCGAAUCAGUUUGCAAAUGUCAUGAGUUUGGAGAAGAUGGAGUGGAGUUGCUGGUGUUGAAGACAAUUUUAUCGGCAGUGACGUCUGUAUCUUUGAGGAUUCAUGGUGAUAGUUUAUUGCAGAUUGUAAGAACUAGCUAUGAUAUUUACUUAGGGAGUAAGUCUGUGGUUAAUCAGACAACGGCAAAGGCAUCAUUGGUGCAAAUGCUUGUGAUUGUGUUUAGGAGGAUGGAAGCUGAUUCAGCAUCUGUACCAGUGCAGCCAAUAGUAGUGGCAGAACUGAUGCAGCCUAUGGAGAAGGGGGGAGAUGGUGAUGGAACAAUGACAGUAUUUGUUCAAGGGUUUAUUAGUAAGGUUAUUCAAGGAAUGGAUGGGGUUUUGAAUCCAGGGACUCCAGUAGUUUCAAAUGCUGGUGGUGGGGUGCAUGAUGGAGCGUUUGAGACAAAGACUUCAACUGUAGAGUCCACAAAUCCUGCUGAUUUGUUAGAUUCUACAGAUAAGGAUAUGUUGGAUGCCAAAUAUUGGGAGAUUAGCAUGUAUAAGACAGCAUUGGAAGGGCGAAAUCGGGAAUUGGCAGAUGGGGAGGGUGACAGGGAUGAUGAUGUAGAUGUUCAGAUUGGGAAUAAGCUUAGAAGGGAUGCAUUUUUGGUGUUUCGAGCUCUUUGUAAGCUAUCAAUGAAGACUCCUCCAAAAGAUGCGUUGGCAGAUCCACAGUUGAUGCGAGGAAAGAUUGUCGCUUUGGAGUUGCUGAAGAUUUUGUUGGAGAAUGCUGGAGAUGUCUUUAGAACUAGCGAGAGAUUUUUAGGUGCCAUUAAGCAGUACUUAUGCCUGUCUUUAUUGAAGAACAGUGCAUCAACCCUUGUAAUUGUAUUUCAGCUCUCUUGCUCAAUUUUCAUUAGCUUGUUAUCAAGAUUUAGAGCUGGAUUAAAGGCAGAGAUUGGAGUGUUCUUUCCCAUGAUUGUUCUCAGAGUUCUAGAAAACGUUGCUCAACCUAAUUUUCAACAGAAGGUGAUAGUACUCCGAUUUCUUGAAAGACUAUGUGUUGUUGAUUCACAAAUCUUGGUAGAUAUAUUCGUCAACUAUGAUUGUGAUGUCAAUUCAUCCAACAUUUUUGAAAGAAUGGUCAAUGGGCUGCUUAAGACUGCCCAAGGCGUUCCACCUGGAGUUGCAACUACACUUUUACCACCUCAGGAUGCUGCCAUGAAACUGGAAGCCAUGAAAUGUUUAGUAGCUGUUUUGAAAUCAAUGGGCAACUGGAUGAACAAACAAUUGCGCAUUGAGUUGGUUGAAAACACUUCUGAAAUUCUAAAUCCUCCAAUUGAAAAUGGGAUUUCAAAUGAGAAAGAAUCUGUUGACAUAUCAGAUUCUCAUUCUGAAACUUCUAGUGAAGUUUCAGAUGCUUCAACAAUUGAGCAACGUCGGGCUUACAAACUUGAAAUUCAGGAAGGUAUAUCUCUUUUUAACCAGAACCCCAAAAAGGGGAUUGAGUUCUUGAUCAAUGUAAACAAGGUGGGGGAUUCACCUGAAGAAAUAGCAGAGUUCUUAAAAAAUGCAUCUGGUCUAAACAAGAGUUUGAUCGGUGAUUAUCUUGGGGAAAGAGAAAAUCUACCACUGAAAGUAAUGCAUGCAUAUGUUGAUUCAUUUGACUUUCAUGGUAUGGAGUUUGAUGAGGCUAUUAGAGUCUUUUUACAUGGCUUUAGAUUGCCUGGUGAGGCACAAAAGAUUGAUCGGAUUAUGGAAAAGUUUGCUGAACAUUACUGCAAAUGCAAUCCAAAAGCCUUCAGUAGUGCUGACACAGCUUAUGCCCUUGCUUAUUCUGUUAUAAUGCUUAAUACUGAUGCUCAUAAUGACAUAGUCAAGAAUAAGAUGUCAGCUGAUGAUUUUAUAAGAAAUAACCGUCGAAUAAAUAAUGGAAAGGACUUACCUGAGGAGUACUUAAGAGCAUUGUUUGAGCGUAUAGCAAAAGAUGAAAUUAAGAUGAAAGAAGACGAUUUUGCCCUUCAACAGGGGCAGUCUGUAAACUCGAAUGGGGUUUUGGGUUUAGAUGGUAUAUUGAAUAUUGUGGUGCGUAAAAAUGUUGAAGAAAAUCAAACGAAUGAGGAUCUUAUGCGACACAUGCAAGAACAGUUUAAAGAAAAAGCAAGCAAAUCAGAGUCAGUUUAUUAUGCUGCAACAGACGUAUUUAUAGUUACAUUCAUGAUAGAAGUAUGUUGGGCUCCUAUGUUAGCUGCCUUUAGUGUUCCCCUUGACCAAAGUGACGAUGAAGUAGUAAUAAAUCAAUGCCUAGAAGGCUUUCGUUAUGCCAUCCACGCCACGUCAGCAAUGUCCAUGAAAACUCAUCGCGAUGCUUUCUUGACCUCACUCGCGAAAUUCACUUCCCUUCAUUCACCAGCCGAUAUAAAACAAAAGAACAUAGAAGCCAUCAAGGCAAUAGUUACAAUAGCGGAUGAAGAUGGGAAUCAUCUACAGGAUGCCUGGGAGCAGAUCCUGACAUGUGUUUCUCGGUUUGAACAUCUGCAUCUUUUGGGACAUGGGGCCCCACCAGACUCCACGUUUUUUGCUUAUAAUAAUCAAAAAAAUGAAUCUGAAAAAUUAAAACAACCAAAAACGAAUAUCCUUCCUGUUCUUAAGAAAAGAGGAGCUGGGAGGAUACAACAAACGUCUACAGCAACAAGAAGAGGCUCAUACGAUAGUGGUAUUAAUUUGGUCUCUAAGUUACAAAUGUUGGAACAAGUUGGUGAAAUGAAUCAUAUAUUUAUAAGGAGUCAAAAACUAAACAGCCAGGGGAUAGUUGACUUUGUCAAGGCACUUUGCAAAGUCUCCAUGGAUGAAUUACGUUCAGCAUCUGAUCCACGAGUUUUUGGCCUCACUAAAAUUGUUGAAGUCGCUCACUAUAACAUGGAUCGCAUCAGGCUUAUCUGGACAAGCAUCUGGAAUGUACUUUCUGAUUUUUUUGUGACAAUCGGUUGCUCUGAAAACCUAUCGAUUGCAAUAUUUGCAAUGGAUUCAUUACGCCAGCUGGCAAUGAAGUUUCUGGAAAGAGAAGAGUUGGCUAAUUAUAAUUUUCAGAAUGAGUUCAUGAAGCCUUUUGUGAUUGUCAUGCGCAAAAGUGGUGCUGUUGAAAUUAGAGAAUUGAUCAUCAGAUGUGUCUCUCAAAUGAUUCAGUCUCGUGUCAGUAAUGUCAAGUCAGGAUGGAAAAGCAUGUUCAUGGUGUUUACAACAGCAGCUUAUGAUGACCAAAAGAAUAUUGUACACUUGGCGUUUGAAAUGAUUGAGAAGAUAGUGAGAGAUUAUUUCCCGUAUAUCACUGAGACAGAAACCACUACUUUUACAGAUUGUGUAAACUGUCUUAUUGCAUUCACCACUAGCAGAUUUGACAAAGAUAUCAGUCUUAAUGCUAUUGGUUUCUUGCGAUUGUGUGCUUCAAAAUUGGCUAAAGGAGAUAUUGGAUCCUCCUUGAAGAAGAAUAAGGAGAAAGAAGUUUCUGAAAAGACAUCUCUAUAUUCUCCACAAAGAAAAAACAGGAGAUCUGAUAAUGGAGAUUUGGCAGAUAAGAAAAACCAUCUGUAUUUCUGGUUUCCUUUGUUAUCAGGUUUAUCAGAACUGAGCUUCGACCCAAGACCCGAGAUCAGAAAAAGCGCCCUUGAAGCACUCUUUGAUACACUCCGAAACCACGGGCAUCACUUCUCUCUCCCAUUAUGGGAAAGAGUAUUUGAUUCUGUCCUCUUUCCAAUCUUUGAUUACGUUCGCCAUGCAAUCGAUCCUUCUUCCAAUGAGACCCCUUCACAACAAGGAAUUGAUGGCUACCCAGGUGACCUUGAUCAAGACUCAUGGCUAUAUGAAACAUGCACACUUGCCCUCCAAUUAGUCGUGGACCUUUUCGUCAAUUUCUACAACACUGUGAAUCCACUUCUAAACAAGGUUUUAUCAUUGUUGGUAAGUUUCAUCAAACGCCCUCACCAAAGCCUCGCUGGAAUCGGAAUCGCGGCGUUUGUUCGGUUGAUGAGUAAUUCCGGGGAUUUGUUUUCUGAGGAUAAGUGGGUUCAAGUGGUGUUGGCUUUGAAGGAGGCGGCUAAUGUGACACUUCCGGAUUUCUUGUUUCUUUUGAAUGGAAAUGGGUUGAAUGGGAGUAAUAAAGAUGUUUCUGAAAGGAGAAAUGAUGGGGGUUUUGGUGAGUCUAGUAUGCGGGAUGAAGAUUUGGAGAAUUUGAGGAGGGAGCGUUUGCAUAAUGCUGUUUCUGAUGCUAAGUGUCGGGCUGCGGUUCAGCUUUUAUUGAUCCAGGCAAUAAUAGAGAUCUACAACAUGUACAGACCACAACUCUCAACAAACAACACGUUACUACUCUUUGAAGCAGUACACAAAGUAGCAAAUCAUGCCCACAACAUCAACACCAACACCACAUUACGUUCCAAACUACAAGACCUUGGCUCAAUCACACAAAUGCAGGACCCACCUUUACUACGCCUCGAAAUCGAAUCCUACCAAACCUCCCUCACUUUUCUUCAAAACCUUGCAAUCGACCAACCUCCAUUAUACCACGAAUCCAAAGCAGAAUCCCAACUCGUUGACCUCUGUCAAGAAGUCUUGAAAUUCUAUAUCAAAAUAGCACGUUUGACCGAGUCAACUACUACCGGGGCCCACUGGUUUAUACCAUUGGGAUCCGGGAGAAAGAGAGAACUGGCUGCACGCGCGCCUCUUGUGGUUACAACUCUACAGGGUAUUUGUAGUUUGGGAGAUUUGUCAUUUGAGAAGAAUUUGUCUCUCUUUUUUCCUUUGGUUUCCAGUCUGAUAAGUUGUGAGCAUGGGUCUAGUGAGGUCCAGGUGGCACUUAGUGAAAUGCUUACAUCUUCUGUGGGCCCUGUUUUGUUGAGAUUAUGUUGACACACACUCUAUCCUAUAUUCUUUUUCAGUUGAAAAUAUUGUUCAUAUUGUGAGAGUUAGGGAGCUUUUUCGAUUGGUUCUUCGUGGGAUCAGUUGGAGUUUUGUUGUAUUUUAGCAACUGUUAAACGUUUUAGCUUUAAAUAGAUUGAUUUUAUGUAACAAAAA